AUGGCAUUUGUUACCAAUGGUGAUGCUUACUCGGAUCCCUCGCAUUAUCGGUCCCUUGUUGGUGCUUUUCAAUAUUUGACGAUCACUCGUCCUCAUAUUUCAUUUGCAAUCAAUCAAGUUAGCCAAUUCCUUCAAGCUCCAACUAUUUCGCAUUAUGAAGCAGUUACCCGACUUUUGCGAUAUGUCAAGGGUACGAUUUCUUUGGGACUCUGCUUUUCAAAAUUGGCAUAUACCACUCUUGUAUGCUACUCUGAUGCUGAUUGGGCUUGUUACCUCGACACCCGUUGUUCCACUUAUGGUUACUCGAUAUUCCUCGGGAGAGAGAAAGAGAGAAAUAGAGAAAAGAAAGAAAUCUUAUUGGUGGAAAAUGGCGUUUUGUCUCGUUCUCGUCUCAAUGAUGCAUGUCACAACGAGAAGAAACGAGAAGGGGAGGCGGUGUUCCCCCCGUUACCACGCCGUCAAGCUAAUGCAAUGUAUGUGUUUUGA